UUCUUUAUUGUAGAAGCUUUUGCGGUAUGUCAAGGUUAUAAUCCACCUGAUGGAUAUGUACCAAACAUGAUGAAUCCUUUACUUGAUUUACAAUAUGAUGAUUUUAACCAACUGACUGGAGUAAAUCGCAUAAUUGUUCCAUUUAUUGCAUGUGGGGAUCUGAGUGCUUUUGAUUCAGACAGAACUUAUCCUCUGCAGUUGGAUGCAGACAAGGAAUAUGUUUAUCAUGAGCCAACUCAAGCCCCUAUUGACCCACCAUAUAAAGAAGCUGUCAUGUUGAAAAGGCAGAAUAAAUUAGCAAAACCAGAAGUACACAUAACACAUUUUUUAUCUGAAGCAAGUACAUCUACAGACCAACAAAAAUUAUUGCCAGAUCCCAAAACUGUUGAUAAAGCAUGUGAAAGUGAUAAUGAAUUAUCUAUGUUACAGUCAGAUACUUUUAAUAUUCAAAAACUCUGUUUACAUGAAAAAAGUACAGAUCAAACAUAAUAUAAAAGUAUUCCUGUAUCCUUAUUCCAAGCAACUGGAAUAUAGAGAAAUUUUGGACUUUUUAACCAUGAACAAGGAGUUACAUAAUCUUGUUCACGAGUACUUUUAGCUCAUUAUACAUAAAAGAAUUUUAAAAUCUCCAUUUCACAUAAAAAAUGGGAAAACAAAAUAUAUGUAUAUUUCUUUGCAGUUAAUAAUCAUGUUGUUUCACAUAA